GCCAUCAUGCACUUUCUGUGGGCCUGAUUAGGUCCCGGAUCCUGCGGAAAUUGUCGUACCUGUACAUCCGGAGCCUCCUGUUCACACGGAUCAAAAUCAUUUACCGUGUCAUCGUUUCCGCGUCAGGUAGUUAAUUCGCCACCUUUCACACGUUGUUUCAGUCUCCUCGGCACUGUAGUAAGCUCUCCAUGCGCCAGUCCUUCGCUCGAAUGAACACGCUAAUUAUGACCAUCAUCAGGACUUAAUUUGGUAAGGGCGGUCUUAACGUCAAUUCCAUUUAAGUGGUGCUAAAAUAGUAGCAAACGGGCUGCAAUUGCUUCCUAGCCUCUUGGCGCCUAGUGUUGUUUCGGGCCGGUGGGCUGGCGUGUUGAUUGCCGGUAUCUUUUUGACAUUUACCAUUUCGACAAUAUGCGCUUUCCUUCGAAUAGCUCCCGGGGUGUUGCUGAUCAUGGAAUUACCGACCCCGAAUCCCCCUCGUCUUCUCGACACUUUGUUUUCUGGUCAGCAUGUGUUGCCUCCUCCGGUCUCUAUUUUCUGUUCUACGUGGCCAGUGCUCCUUCCAUAGCGGCAUUUUUCUCACUUAUGGUGGCUUGGUAUCUUCUCUUCAUUUUGUCUCUUCUUAGCGGAACGGCAAGGCCAUCACCAGCGCAAGGCGCCUAUCUGUAUGCCGCUUGAUGCAAUCCCUCCCUUGUCACGGGAAUGUAUUGAUUUAAGUUGUGCCCCGAUGCCGAACUAUCGGCUCAGCCUCCUUUAUGCAUCACAGCGUAGUUCAUAAUCUACACGGCUUUCGUGGUAAAUGUUCUCGGUCCACUGUGUUGAUUGUUAGCUCCCCGUAGUAAAAAUGACGGUGUCAUCCCUGAGUCUUCGCUUUCCCACGGACCAUCUUUCGUGCAGCAAGGACUGUCUUCUGAACUCAUAUCGUCUCUAUUGAA